AUGAUGAUGAACUUUUCUACACCCGAAGAGCUUAACAAUCUUCUCUCCUUACCAUCUCUACAAACCAUGGAUCCGCAGCUCUACAAUCAUCAGUCUCCGCUAGUAACCGCUUUGGACGCAGAAGAAGCGAAACAACUCAAACACAGAAGCUACAUGACUACUACUACGAACCAAAGCUCAAACGGUUUUGGUAAUUAUGUGGCUAUGGGAAACUUGCAGCCCAAGCAAGAGUCUACUCUAUUGGCUCAGAGGAACGUGUCACGUGGUGUUUCACAAGCGAGAGACCAUAUAAUCGCUGAACGUAGACGCAGAGAGAAGCUGACUCAACGCUUCAUUGCUUUGUCUACCCUCAUCCCUGGCCUCAGGAAGACGGACAAGGCGUCAGUGCUUGGGGGCACAAUCAAGUACCUGAAACAUUUGCAAGAUAGGGUUAAGUUUCUUGAGGAGCAAGCCAGCCAGAAAACCAUUGAAUCGGUAGUAAUUGUAAACAGGUCGAGGCUCUCCACGGUGGACACAGAGUAUGAUUCUAUUGCGUUACCGGAGAUCGAAGCUAGAUUGUCCGGUAAAAAUGUUCUGAUAAGAGUUCACUGUGAAAAGUGGAAAGGGAUUGUGGAGAUCACUAUGGCUGAGAUUGAGAAGCUUAAAUUGGCAGUGAUAAAUAGCAGUGUCAUCACUUUUGGAUCGAAUUCUCUUCAUCUCACCAUUAUUUCUCAGAUGGGUGAGGGAUUCAACAUGACAACAAAGGAUGUGGCCACGAGCAUCAAAUCAAGCCUCGACGCGUUUACGAAAGCCAAUCUCGUCUAA